UAGUCAUAAAAUUAGCAAUAGCAAGCAUGAGGAUAAGUUACCAUCGUUUCUUCUUCCUUUUUCUCCUUGCUGCCUUUUGCUUUGCUUCCUUAGCCUCUGGUGCCACUCUGGCCAUAGAUGAAGUGGAAGCUCUGAAAGAUAUAGGGAAGAUACUUGGAAAGAAGAACUGGGAUUUCAGCGUAGAUCCAUGCAGUAAAGAACGUAAUUGGACAUCACCAAAUCAAACCAAAGAUAACGCAAAUGAAGUCAGAUGUAAUUGUUCCAUCGGCAAUGAUACAGUCUGUCAUGUUACCAACAUACUUUUGAAGCAACAAAAUCUCCCAGGCACUCUCCCGCGGGAUCUGUUCAGGUUCCCUUACCUUCAAGAAAUUGACCUUACUCGCAACUACCUGAACGGUACAAUUCCUAAAGAAUGGGGCUCCACAAAACUUGUCAACAUUUCCCUCCUUGGAAAUCGAUUAACGGGUUCAAUACCAGUGGAGAUAGCAAACAUAUCCACUCUUCAAAGUUUGGUCUUGGAGGGUAAUCAACUGUCUGGAAAACUUCCUCCUGAGCUUGGAAAUCUAACCCAAAUUCAAAGACUGCACCUUAUCUCCAACAAUUUUACUGGAGAGCUACCAGUAACAUUGGCCAAGCUUACUACAUUGCGAGAGUUUCGAAUUGGGGACAAUCAGUUCUCUGGGAAGAUACCUGAUUUUAUUGAAAGCUGGACUAGUCUCCAUAAACUAGUGAUUCAAGGGAGUGGAUUAAGUGGGCCAAUUCCUUCUGGAAUUUCAUUGCUAGAAGACUUAACUGACUUGAGAAUUAGUGAUCUGGAUGGAUCUGAACAUUCACCUUUUCCACAACUUAAUAAAAUGAAGUUGAAAUAUCUGAUUCUGAGGAAUUGCAACAUCAAUGGAACACUGCCUUAUUAUCUUGGGACAAUGACAUUACCAGAUUUGCAAAACUUAGACCUCAGCUUUAACCAACUGACUGGACCAAUUCCGAGUACCUAUAGUGCCUUAAGCCAUGUCAAUUACAUAUAUUUAACUGGAAAUCUUCUCACGGGACCAGUGCCUUCAUGGGCAGAAAAAGCUAAAAGCUUAGAUAUUUCGUAUAACAACUUCAGCAUCACAAGCCAAUGGAAUGAGACAUGUCAGAAUUUAAAUGUGAACUUGUUUGCUAGCUCUAUGACGCGCAAUGACUCGCGACCGGUUGCAUGUUUGGGAAGCUAUAUCUGUCCAAAAAAGUUAUCAUACUAUCUUCAUAUAAAUUGUGGUGGCAAGUUGGUUACUGUCAAUAGAAGCAGAUAUGACGAUGAUUUAGAGAAUGGAGGUCCAUCUAGAUUUCAAUGGAGUGGAACAAAAAACUGGGAAAUUAGCACGACCGGAAAUUUUCUAGACAAUGGUGGUGUAGAGUACUAUAAGUCGUCAAAUAAAUCUUUGCUUUCUAUGGACAAUGCUGACUUGUACAUGGAUGCACGAGUUUCUCCCAUUUCUCUGACUUAUUUUGGAUUUUGCCUGGGAAAUGGAAACUACACAGUAAAACUACAUUUUGCUGAAAUCAUGUUCAUUGAUGAUCAAACAUUUAAUAGCCUAGGAAGGCGAGUAUUUGACAUCCACAUUCAGGGAAAGCUGGUGCAGAAGGACUUCAAUAUUGUAGAAGAAGCAGGAGGAAUCGGUAAGGCAAUCACAAAACCAUUCACUGCUGUGACUAGUAAUAGCUUGGAGAUCCGCUUGAAUUGGGCAGGGAAAGGGACAACUAGUCUUCCAUAUAGAUCAGUAUAUGGUCCUCUUAUAUCAGCUAUAUCUGUGGAACCUGACUUCAAACCUCCCUCGGAAAAAGAAAGAAUAUCUGCAGGAGUUGUGGUUGGAAUUGUAGCACUAGGAGCAGUUGUUAUCAUCCUUGUAUUUGGUCUACUUUGGUGGAAAGGUUGUGUAGGAAAGAAAAGUUCCUUAGAAAAAGAGUUAAAGAGCUUAGACCUACGAACAGGUUUAUUUUCUUUAAGACAAAUCAAAGUAGCAACUAACAACUUUGAUGUUGCCAAUAAAAUUGGAGAAGGAGGAUUUGGUCCUGUGUACAAGGGAUGUUUAUCAGAUGGGACAUUAAUAGCAGUCAAGCAACUUUCUUCUAAAUCAAAACAAGGGAAUCGUGAGUUUUUAAAUGAGAUAGGCAUGAUUUCUGCUUUGCAACAUGUUCAUCUAGUUAAACUCUAUGGAUGUUGUGUGGAGGGAGACCAACUAUUGUUAGUAUAUGAAUACAUGGAAAAUAAUAGCCUUGCUCGUGCUUUAUUUGGCCCCGAAGAACACCAAAUAAAAUUGGACUGGCCAACAAGAUACAAGAUUUGUGUUGGUAUUGCUAGAGGUUUGACAUAUCUCCAUGAAGAAUCAAGACUAAAGGUUGUUCAUAGGGAUAUCAAGGCUACUAAUGUAUUGCUUGAUAAAGAUCUCAAUUCAAAGAUAUCUGACUUUGGUUUGGCUAAGCUUGAUGAAGAGGAUAACACUCAUAUUAGCACUCGAAUAGCUGGGACAUAUGGAUAUAUGGCUCCAGAAUAUGCCAUGCAUGGGUAUUUGACUGACAAAGCAGAUGUUUAUAGCUUUGGAAUUGUUGCCUUAGAAAUCAUAAAUGGAAGGAGUAAUACCAUUCAUCGACAAAAAGAAGAAUCAUUCUCUAUUCUUGAAUGGGCACAUCUGUUGAAAGAGAAAGGUAAUCUAAUAGAUCUAGUUGAUAGAAGAUUAGGUUCAAACUUCAACAAGGAGGAGGCAUUGGUGAUGAUCAAGGUGGCUCUCUUAUGCACUAAUGUGACUGCGGCACUUAGGCCAACAAUGUCAUCAGUGGUAAGCAUGCUAGAAGGAAUAACUGUUGUUGAGGAAGUGGCAUCAGAGACAAGUGAGGUAUUGGAUGAGAAGAAGUUGGAGGCAAUGAGAUUGUAUUACCAGGAACUUGUUAUGUCAAAUGAAGAGCCAUGGACUGCUUCAUCUACUUCUGUAUCAGAUCUUUAUCCUGUACGCAUGGAUUCUUCUUAUUGGGAGAAGAGAAAUUAGAUACUUUGGACAAAAAUUUCAUUAACUUGUACCAAUUAUUAAAUUUUAGAAACCUUGAAAUGCACGGGGGACUUAUUAAAUUUAAAAAUAAAAAUUAAUUACAAGUAUUACAAUAAUCUCAUUGUACCUCAUGAAUUGCUUAAUGUAUUAG